CACGGCCCACGGGCGGGACAAAACCAGCCGCUUCCUAACGACCUGACCGUCCUGGCCUCUCCUCUCCGUCUCACACACAGAAAUACGCACUCUCUCUCUCUCUCUCUCACACACACACACAACGCCACUCCUCUCGCGCGCACACACAACGCCACUCCUCUCGCGCGCACACAAAACUCUCUCUUAUUGAGCUGCUUCAGAACCCUAACCCUAAAGCUAAUCAAUCAACUUUGAUUGCUGUACUGAUUAACUAGUUAUUUGAUCGAUAAGCUAAUCUUCACGGUCGGCCAAUCGUACUGUUCGUCAAAUAUGUUGCAUUUGACGCUGGUACAUCACCGAUUGGUUUCGUUGUAGAUGUUCAGGUCACAUUUGGAUGCUUCCAAAAUUUUCCGUCCGACACUUCAUUAGUUUUCAAAAUGAAACCAAGAACCCAUGGGGUACCUAGACCACAGAGGUCAAAAAAUUCUCAGGUGGAGGGGCCAAAUUGGUUAUUUAUUGCAGGUGGUGCCUUGUUAAGUACAUUAUCAAUUCGCCUUGGUUACAAGUUGAAGCAGGUGGUUGACACAAAGCAAGCAGACAAUGCCAGCAACGUAAAUAGAAAAUCUAACAACGGAAAGAAGUUGGGUGGUUGCCGUUUGCAUUCAAAUGGGUAUUGUUUUUCUCAAGAUGAGGAUGGUUGCUUCGAUUACAUUUCAGGAAAUCAAGGUGUGCUGGAGGUUAAGCAACAACAGAAUGGCCAAUUGAUGACAGAAUCUGACAUGGCACUCCCUCUGGUGACGGUUCCUGUCCCUGAAUUUAGUAGAGAGAAUGGUGUGCUUUGGGCAUCCUCUCCUGACCGUCUUGAGCUGCCACAGAAGCCAUUCCACCACUCAAACAGCUCUGAUUCACCGUGUGUCUCAGAAUCCGGUUCUGACAUCUUUAGCAAGCGAGAAGUGAUACAGAAGCUGAGACAGCAAUUGAAGAGAAGGGAUGAUAUGAUAUUGGAGAUGCAGGAUCGGAUUGUAGAGUUGCAGAAUGAUCUCAGCGCUCAGUUGUCUCAUUCUACCCAUCUACAAUCACUGGUGGAUUCUGCAAAUGGGGAUCUGUUUGAUUCGGAGAGAGAAAUCCAGAGGUUGAGGAAGGCAAUUGCAGAUCAUUGUGUGGGGCAAGUGAGUCCUGAUGAUGAGCCCUCAGCAGUACCAACGUGGUCGUCCAAAGGGAGAAAUGGCCGUGCAAAUGGGUAUCUUGAUGUUGAGAGCAAUUCCAAGUCUUCGGAGAAGGGGAGAGGAGAUGGGGAUAGGAUUGAGAUGCUGCAAAGGGAAGUAGGUGAGUUGAAGGAAGUAAUAGAAGGAAAAGAAUAUCUGCUACAGAGCUACAAGGAACAGAAAGCAGAGCUCUCAAUGAAGAUCAAAGAGUUGCAGCAGAGAUUAGAUUCCCAGCUCCCUAAUAUUUUGUAGACAUUGCAGCUUUUGUGCAUUCCUGUUUGAAUUUCUUUCCCCCCUCUUUUUUUCCGGGUUUCUUUUUUCCAAUUUGAUUUGAAGUUCCAAAAUAGGAGAAGCUUCCUUUCCCUUUUCUUACCUUGCCACUGUUAGUUAUAUAAUGUUUCAUGCUGUUUUGUGUGCAUAUGUGGAUGGUGGAGAUAGAGAGAGAAUUUCAAAAGCAAAUAUCAUAAUUCAGGUAUAAGUGGUUGAGGCUGCAUCUUUGCCAGUAAAGACUUGUUAACUAAUGAAGUUUAAUAGAAAUGUCUAGCUUUAUACAAUGAGAUGACACAUGGAUCCUAAAUUAUAGGGAAAGAGUAUUACAUGGUCCCGGCCAAUCAGCAUUUGACACUUAAGCAAAUGUGUCAUAAGUGUGUAAGCUUUGCUUUGGUGUCAAACAGUGAUUGGUCCCGGACAAAUGGUCCUAGGACUAUGUAAUAAUUUAUUGACACAUGAACCCUAAAUUGUAGGAAAGGAGUUGCUUAAGGUAGGGGUAGAAGUCUCACCCUUAACGGCACUUUCAAUUAUCAUUUACUAUAGAUGUCAUUUACAUUCUUAAGUCUUGUAUUUCAUUUCUUGUCAUUUUCAAUUCAUGUCUUACUUAUGUUUGGAUGUAUAAUUAAGAUUGUAGUACAACAUAUUCAACAAUCUUCAAACAUUUAUUGCUAUAUUCCACCACAUUAGAAAUAAUAAUAAUAAAAAUCACCCUUUGGUUUGGAAGUGUACUAUAAUCAUGAUAUAUGAUCACAUGGUUGUGUUUUUUUUUUUUUUUUU